AUGGCAACACAUAGAGAAAUGAUAGAGGAAUCCGAUUUUGAUGAUACACAUAAUGAUCCGUCUUACGAAACAGAAACUGGGGAAGCGUCAUCUUCUGAUGACAAUAAACAUACAAGAUGGAAAACUUCAAACCCUAUUCGGUGGAAGAAAAAUGUUAGAAAACGCCUAUAUAAGAAUGGGAAAGAACACAUAGAUACUUCAGAAGAUAGGGUAGAGAUAUGCCAGGAGUAUUGGAAUCUGGGAGAUUACAAACGACAGAAAGAUGUCAUAUUGUCAAGAACUAAAGCAUAUGGAAUAGAGCGUGAAAGGCCAAGGUCUGCAGAACGUAAACGUAAAAGAAAACACACAAUUUCAUAUUUCUUCAUAAAACCCGAUGGUUUGCAUGUCAAAGUUUGCAAAAGGUUUUUCCUAGCUACAUUAUGUGUUAGCUCUGGUCCAGUUUAUACAGCUUUGGCUGAGAAGGGCGAGGCUGGUACCUUUGUUGGUGAAGAUAAAAGGGGUCCGCAUACACCGAGUAACAAGACUAGCGAGGAACGAUUAGAUUUAGUUCGCAAGCAUAUAGAAAGUUUUCCGAAGAUUGAAUCACACUACACCAGAAGUGAUACCCAUCGCCAAUACUUAAACCAAGAUCUGAGUAUAAGUAAGAUGUACCAGUUGUAUAAAUUGCAUUGUGAUCAAUUAGUAUCACCAAAAACAAAUCCUGAGGAAUACCAGGCUCAUCUCCAACGCAGUAAAGAAGCUCAAGCUGCAAAGUCUUCAGAUAAAUUAAGAGCUACAAAAGAUUCAAAUUUCAUCUCUGCUUCGUUUGAUCUUCAAAGCGUUCUUCAGCUACCAAAUACCAAUGCAUCACUCCUCCAUUACAGUAGAAAGCUUAGUCUAUACAAUCUCUGUAUUUAUAAUGCAGCCAAACCUAACGAUGCAUUUUGCUACUGCUGGAACGAAGUUCAAGCUGGGCGUGGAAGCAAUGAGAUUGGAACCGCUAUUUACAAUUGGUUAUCAGAUCUACCGAGUAAUAUUAGAGAGGUAUCUCUUUUUUCAGAUACAUGCGGAGGUCAAAACCGGAAUCAAAAUGUAGCAGCAAUGUUUGUACAUGCAGUGCAGUCCACUCCUUUAGAAGUCAUUUCCCACAAUUGUCUAGAGAGUGGGCACAGCUACAUGGAAUGCGAUAGCAUGCAUUCUGCAAUAGAAUCUAAAAAACGCAACCUGGAUCUUUUCACGAUGCUAGAUUGGGUUUCAGUCUUUAAAAAAGCCAGACGUAAAAGACCUUACAAUGUUGUUAAUCUAAGAUAUAACGACAUUUACAAUUUUCAAGAUGUUACCCAACAGCUAAUGAAGAACAGGAAACGUGACGUAGAUGGAAAUAUAGUAAAUUGGCUGCUGGUUAAAUCGUUCAGAUAUCAAAAAAAUCAACCAGGUGUAGUACUAUACAAAUACAAUUACGGUGAAGAGUAUAAGCAAAUUAAUGUCUUUGGUCGCGGUGGUCAUUCAAUCAUCAAACUACCAAAAGCUUACUCCUUCGAAACCCCUAGUGAAGCAAAGAAGAAUGAUCUUGUUAAAUUGUGUGACCAUAUGGUAAUUCCAGUUGAGAUACAACACUGGUAUAGAUCGCUACCAACAUCUGGAAGAUCUAAGGAUCUCUUACCAUCUCCAGCAGUACAAGAUACAGAAGAUUCAGAUGAUGACUGUUAA